AUGGGCGACACGAAUCGAUCAUUUGUUCUGCGCGCUGUGAAGGAUGUGGCUCUCGAGGAUCGACCUGUCCCAGAGUUAAAAGACCCUUGGGAUGUCAGAGUCCAAGUCGCUCAGACAGGCAUUUGUGGAAGCGAUGUACAUUAUUGGCAGCGAGGACGGAUUGGAGACUUCAUCCUCAACUCCCCUAUAAUUCUUGGCCAUGAAAGCUCCGGUACAGUCGUCGAGAUCGGAUCAGCAGUCAAGAAUCUCAAAAUCGGUGACCGGGUAGCUAUCGAGCCAGGUGUACCAUGUCGACACUGCAACUACUGCCGCAGUGGCUCCUACAAUCUCUGCCCUGAUACUGUCUUCGCAGCUACCCCUCCCCACGAUGGCACCCUUUCGAAAUACUACACAACUCAGGCGGAUUACUGCUAUACACUUCCGGCACAUAUGAACAUGGAAGAAGGCGCACUUGUUGAGCCGGUCGCGGUGGCGGUACAGAUUGCGAAGGUAGGCAAGGUGAAGCCUAACCAAACCGUCGUGGUCUUCGGGUGCGGGCCGAUUGGCCUACUUUGUCAGGCUGUAAGCAAGGCUUAUUCGGCGAAGAAAGUGAUUGGAGUAGAUAUCAGUAAGUCUCGGGCAGAGUUUGCACGGACAUUUGGUGCAGAUGACGUCUUCAUACCUCCCCCAAAGCCUGAGGGCAAGGAUGAUAGUUUGUGGAGUGAGGACGUAGCACGGAUUAUGAAGGAGAAGUUUGAUCUUGGAGAGGGACCGGAUGUUGUUCUGGAGGCCACUGGUGCGCAGGCCUGUAUCCAGACGGGCAUCCAUUUGACUAAGAAGGGUGGAACAUACGUACAAGCUGGUAUGGGACGCGAGAACGUAAUUUUUCCAAUCACCACAGCAUGCAUUCGUGACUUACACAUACGAGGUUCUAUCCCUUACACCGUCGGUUGUUACCCCACUGCUGUGGAUUUGAUUGCUAGUGGCCAGAUCGAUGUCAAACGUCUGAUCACCGACCGGUUCAAGUUUGAGGAGGCAGAGGAGGCGUUUGAUUUGGUGCGACAGGGCAAGGAAAGUGUGAUUAAAGUUAUUAUUGAAGGUGUCUCUUCAUAA